AUGGGUGAGAAUAAACAACGAAAACAACAAGCAAAGGCUGUCGGAAUAUCACAAAGCGAACCAAAUACUGAAAGCUCUGAAGAAGAGGAUUAUGUAAUAAAUUAUGUUUACACAGUAUCGCAAGAAACGAGGGAGAAAACACACGCGACCGUAAAAAUAAAUGGACAGGACGUUUUAUUUUUGGUUGACACUGGCGCGACUGUUGACAUCAUUGAUUCUACGACAUACGCGAAAUUAAAGAGAAAAAGUUCAUUACGUAAAAGUUCAACUAAAAUCUACGCAUAUGGAUUUCACACACCUCUGCCUCUAAACGGACAAUUUCAAGCAACACUCGAAUCGAAAAAGCGUUAUACCGUGUCGCAAAUAUAUGUAAUAGACGGUGCAGGAGGAAAUUUACUAUGUGCUAAAACAGCCCAAGAUUUAGUUGGCCUUGGUCGAGCUAAUUAA